AUGCUGUCUCGGGGCCUCUUGCGCAGUGCUUGCCGCGUUGCGAACCUGGGAGAAGCAAAAGCCGUGCAGCCGCGCCAAUGGAUGCCUGCCAUGGCAUGCCGCCGCUUUGGAUCCGGAGGUGAUCCCCGAGCACAUCUCAACCCAGAUGGCACUAGGCCAGAAGAGGAGGAUGCCGAGGACUACCACGACCCCGACCCGACGGAUCACUUCCCUCGGAUGAAGCUCGUGAAGGAGCGUGGCCAGAACUGGGUGGUCUCCCAAGAUCCGCCCAAGGCAAUCUCCGAGCUGUACUUCACACACCAGGAGCAUGUUCCAUUCUAUCCGCGCCAGCGCAUCUUGAUCUGGACCAACUACAAACUCCUGAUGAAGGCUGAAUACCUGUUCUUCUACAUCCCCACCAUCAUCAUCCUGGGGCUUUGUAUUCCUGCCGGGACCCAGAUGCCAAGGGAUUCAAGGAUGCUUCGCUGGUUUCAUAAUCACUCUCCCGAGAGUUGGGCCUUCUCGCACAGUUCAAGAGGCUUCCAGGUGGUGGAGCUUCGCUGUUUCACCCAGACCCGGGUAUAUCUAAAUCCAAAUCACAGCGAAUAUCGAACCGACCCCACUGCCCUCCAGUGA